AUAUCGAUAACAUCCAAGAACAGAAUUUGAAUUAAACGAAAAUUUGCGUUUUUUUUCUCUUUAAAAUUUGCAAGCAAAUCAAAAACAUUGUAGAAAUCUGUAUGGAAUUAUUGUUUCGAAUAAAGAAAAAUAUUGUGUACAAUUAAUUGAUAUGGCAUCAAAAUCAGAGUUAUCCAUCAUCAUAUUGGUGUGUGCGCUGAUUUCGUGUUCAGUGGCCCAGACAUUUCAAUAUUCACGUGGCUGGGUGAAUGGAAAACGAUCUGGAACAUCAAGCUCUAAAGCAGCAGACCAUUCUGAUGACAUACCCGAUAUAUGCAAGCAGUUCUACUUAUCCGAAAUAUUAGCGCACGGCAAUCCUCUGUCGGUUCACAUUAUCGCUCAUGAUUACGCAACGAAUCCGCAACAAAUUCACUCAGCUGCAUUCUAUCAACGGCCACAGAUUAAGCAUGAUAAUUCUGAUUUGGUGCCAGCUGCCCCGUACGGUUCCGUUGAGUCGUCAUCAUCACCAAAUGGCCUGGAUUUGAGUGAUCGAUACAAACGGGCAUUGUUUGGUUAAGAAAACAACCGUUUGGAACGGAAUGCGAAAAACACCAUCUAAAAAUUGGAAAUGAUUGUUAUUUGACCGAAGCCAAAAUUGAACAAAAAAAAAACACACAAAUAUUUUAUCAGCGAGUGCAAUUGUGAGUGUGGGUUAAAUGUUCAAGAAUUUAUCUAUUAAAUGUUUGCAAAGACUAAUUAUUUAUUGGUGCAUUUUAAUGUGAAAUACUCGUAUUUUUCUUUAAAUAAUAUUUAACUAAAUAUCAAAGCUAUUGCUAUUUUGAAACGAAUCUCCGAGAUUCUGUGUUUAUUCCAAUAAAAAAAAAAAGAAGAUAGCAACAGUGUGAUGAAA